AUGGUGACGGUAGUGAGGGAAGAGGAGGAGUUGGGGCCAGCCAACCCGGCAAAGUGCGCAGUUGGCCGGAGGGAGGUACAGUAUCUUGGGUACCACUUGUUGGAGGGGGGGAGACAGGUGCGCCCACAGAUGAACAAGACAGCGGCUAUCGCAGCCUGUCCACCUCCCAAGACAAAAAAAGAGGUGAGGCGGUUUUUGGGGCUGGCGGGCUUCUACCGCCGGUUCAUUCCCCGGUUUUUGGACCUGACCAGCCCACUGACUGACCUCACCCGGAAAGUGGCUCCAGAACUGGUCCAGUGGUCGGAGCAGUGCCAGCGGGUGUUUGAGAAGGUAAAGAAAGCCCUCUGCGAGGAGCCGGUACUGUGCAUGCCUAACUUUGCCAUUCUCUUGUCUGCAGGCAGACGCGUCGGGCAGGGGGCUGGGGGCGGUACUGUCCCAGCGAGUGGGGGGCGUCGACCGCCCCGUCCUGUACAUCAGCCGAAAACUCUCGGACCGGAAGGCGAGGUACAGCACGGUAGAGAGGGAGUGCCUCGCCAUCCGGUGGGCGGUCGGGGCCCUUCGGUACUACCUGUUGGGGCACGCCUUCAGCCUCUGCUCGGACCACAAACCGCUCCAACGGCUCCGCCGCAUGAAGGAUGCCAAUGCGAGGAUCACCCGGCGGUACCUCGCGUUGCAACCCUACAACUUCCAGGUGGUCCACAGACCGGGGGCCCAGAUGGCCGUGGCAAACCCCCCCCCCCCCCCGUAGAGGGCCGCGAGAGGAAGUCGGCGCGGCGGGACGGCUGCCGGCCUGAGACUGGCGGUGGAGGCAUGUUUGAAGGGGCGUGUUCCACGCGUCGCCUGUGGGCGGGGCAUGUGCAGGAGCCGGCUGUGAAGCAGAUGACAGCGUUGGUGACCGCAGAGGGGGAGCUGAAAAUUUAGAGGGAAGCCAGAAGGCGAGAGAGAAGGGAAGGAGAAAGACUUGUUGAACUGAAUGAGGAAAAAGACUUUUGAACUGGAAAGAAAAAUAAAAACAUUGUAACCUUG